UAAGAAUAAAUAUCAAGGAUGUAAGGCUCAAGUAGCACAUUUCCUUUUAUUGUCUUCUUUUUCCAGAAACCUUCCUGCAAUGCAACAACACUUGACAGAUUUCUCUUUCUGGACGUUGUUUCAUCUUUUUCAUUUUCACUCGUGCUCUUCUUCCAUUGUUUGUGGAAUCAGAUAAAUUUUAUGUGAAUGUAACUGUGAUACAUGUCUCGGUUGAUUACUGGAAUGAAAGAAAGGGAAAAUUCUAGACCAAUUAUUUCCCCUUUAAUUAUAGUGGGUUGUAAAACUUUUAAUAUUUAGUAGCAAGUAGAAGUGUUUGUUGAUGAUUUUUGGUCUCUAAGUUUUCAAUCGCUUCCUAAUAUGUUUGAAAGCUCCAUAUUCUCAUAGAUUCUGCAACUAAUUUCACCUUCUCAGUCACUUCGUCUGAUCUAUUUCUCCCCAUGCUGUUCAACUUCAGGUGAACAAGUCUUAUAUCUUCCGGUGGGAUUGAAACCUUAGCCAUCUUCUGCACUUUUUUCACUACAUCUGCCAAAGGCUUCAGAAUCCAUUCUUUCCCAUCUACAUGAUCAGUAUUCUCUAGUCAAUCACAAACAAUGGGAAUGCUGAAAGAUGCUGAGAUUCAGAAUUUCUUCCUCUGAGGCAGACCGGGUCAAAGCUAGCUCCAUCUGGACUACCCUUGUAUGAGGCUGCCCACUUCAUUGUGCUAAAAUGCCUGGUGUGUGUGCGAGUGACGAUAAGCCAGCUUUUAGGUUCCUGAGUCAGUGUAUAUUGCAUUAGAAGGCAAAUUAGCUUCUUUUUGUGUUCAAAUAUUGUAGCUUAAAAUGGAAAACAAAGGGAACGUGUUGAUGCACAAGUAUGAGAUGGGCAGACUGUUGGGCCAAGGAACCUUUGCCAAGGUCCACUAUGCUAGAGAUAUUAGAACAGGAACGAGUGUAGCCAUCAAAAUAAUUGACAAAGAGAAGAUAAUGAAGGUUGGAUUGAUGGAUCAGAUUAAGCGAGAAAUUUCUGUUAUGAAAUUGGUGAGGCAUCCAAAUAUCAUACAACUUUAUGAGGUGAUUGCCACCAAAACCAAGAUUUACUAUGUCCUGGAAUACGUUAAAGGUGGUGAGCUCUUCAACAAAGUAGCCAAGUCCAAGCUGAAGGAGGAUGUUGCAAGAAAAUAUUUUCAACAGUUGAUUAGUGCAGUUGAUUUUUGCCAUAGUAGAGGAGUCUAUCAUCGUGAUCUGAAACCAGAAAACCUACUGUUGGACGAGGAUGGGAAUCUAAAGGUUUCAGAUUUUGGUUUAAGUGCCCUGGCUGAAUGUACGAGACAGGAUGGGUUACUUCAUACAACUUGUGGGAGCCCUGCUUAUGUUGCUCCAGAAGUCAUAAAAAGAAAAGGUUAUGAUGGACCCAAAGCUGACAUUUGGUCAUGUGGGGUUAUCUUGUAUGUUCUAUUGGCCGGAUAUCUGCCAUUCUAUGACUCAAAUCUGAUGGAGAUGUAUAGGAGGAUUGCCAAGGCAGAUUUUAAAUCCCCCGAUUGGUUUGCACCUGAAGCAUGCAGGCUUCUAUCAAAGAUCCUGGAUCCAAACCCUCGCACGAGGAUAUCCAUAGCUGAAAUAAUCGAAAGUCCUUGGUACUGGUACCAUAGGGAUUUAGAAAGCCAAUCCCCAAUGGUUGAAACAGACACAAAAGGACCAGCAUAUCUGGAUUGUGACGCUGUGAAUGAGAGUAGCUGUGCUGUCACAGAGUCCAAGCAAGAACUUUGCUACUUGAAUGCGUUCGACAUCAUCUCCUAUUCAGCAGGCUUUGACUUGUCUGGUUUGUUUGAGGAAAAAGAGAAAAAGAAAGAGAUGAGAUUCACUGCAAAAAAGACUGCCUCAAUCAUCAUCUCAAAGCUAGAAGACACUGCUAAGCGUCUGAGGCUGAAAAUAAAGAAGAAGGAUGCGGGCUUGUUGAAAUUUGAAGGUUCAAAUGAAGGCAGGAAAGGAGCUCUGGGCAUUGAUGCACAAAUAUUUGAGAUCACUCCAUAUUUUCAUUUGGUUGAGAUGAAAAAGUCCAGUGGAGAUACGAUAGAGUAUCAGGCGUUACUGAAACAAGAGAUUAGACCUGCACUGAAAGAUGUUAUUUGGACAUGGCAAGGAGAACAGCAACAACAACUACUAAAACAAGAGGAGCAGCAGGAGCUUUAACUUCCACAUCCUCGUACUGGGAAAUUUAAAAAAAAAUGUAUAGUUAUGUAUACUUGAUCACAGCAAUAAAGAACUUUUAAUACCUUAAUAAGCA